GCGGGCCACUUCAUCAGAGAGAGGAUGCAUAUCUAGAUCCCUAGAUCGGGGUCAGGACUGGGAUGGAAAGGACCCUGGGGACCCGAAAGAGCAUAUCUUGUGUGAGAGUCCUGCCUGAGACCCGGAAGCACCUUCCAUAAUAGAGCCUCAACAACUGCCUGGUGAUUUCUUCCUUCAACCUCUUUGUGUGUGAAUCAGCUCCUUCAAUAUGAGCUACAGCCUCUAUUUGGCCUUCGUGUGUCUGAAUCUCCUCGCUCAAAGGAUGUGCAUCCGGGGGAACCAGUUCAAUGUGGAGGUCAGCAGAAGCGACAAGCUUUCCUUGCCUGGCUUUGAGAACCUCACUGCAGGAUAUAACAAAUUCCUCAGGCCCAAUUUUGGUGGUGACCCAGUUCGGAUAGCGCUGACUCUGGACAUCGCAAGCAUCUCUAGUAUUUCAGAGAGUAACAUGGACUACACAGCCACCAUAUACCUCCGACAGCGCUGGACCGACCCACGGCUGGUGUUUGAAGGCAACAAGAGCUUUACUCUAGAUGCCCGCCUCGUGGAGUUCCUCUGGGUGCCAGACACUUACAUUGUGGAGUCCAAGAAGUCCUUCCUGCAUGAAGUCACGGUGGGAAACAGGCUCAUCCGCCUCUUCUCCAAUGGCACAGUCUUGUAUGCACUCAGAAUCACAACAACAGUUACAUGUAACAUGGAUCUGUCGAAAUACCCCAUGGACACACAGACCUGCAAGUUGCAGCUAGAAAGUUGGGGAUACGAUGGCAAUGACGUGGAGUUCUCCUGGCUAAGAGGGAACGAUUCGGUACGUGGACUGGAAAACCUGCGCCUUGCUCAGUACACCAUCCAACAGUAUUUCACCCUGGUCACCGUAUCCCAGCAGGAGACAGGAAACUAUACGCGGUUGGUUUUGCAAUUUGAGCUUCGGAGGAACGUCCUGUAUUUCAUUCUGGAAACCUACGUCCCUUCCACCUUCCUGGUGGUGUUAUCCUGGGUCUCCUUUUGGAUCUCUCUCGAGUCGGUUCCUGCGAGAACCUGCAUUGGAGUGACAACGGUGUUGUCCAUGACAACGCUGAUGAUCGGCUCCCGCACAUCCCUACCCAACACCAACUGCUUCAUAAAGGCCAUUGAUGUUUACCUGGGGAUUUGCUUCAGCUUUGUGUUUGGGGCCUUACUGGAGUAUGCAGUUGCUCACUACAGCUCCUUACAGCAGAUGGCAGUCAAAGAUAGGGGGCCAGCGAAGGACUCAGAAGAAGUCAAUAUCACCAACAUCAUCAACAGCUCCAUCUCCAGCUUUAAACGAAAGAUCAGCUUCGCCAGCAUUGAAAUUUCUGGCGACAAUGUCAACUACAGCGACCUGACGAUGAAAGCCAGCGACAAGUUUAAGUUUGUCUUCCGAGAAAAGAUCGGCAGAAUCAUUGAUUACUUCACAAUUCAAAAUCCCAGCAACGUGGAUCGAUAUUCCAAACUACUGUUUCCUUUGAUUUUUAUGUUGGCCAAUGUAUUUUACUGGGCAUACUACAUGUAUUUUUGAGAUGCCAUUGAACUCUUGCAUGGCAUGUGUCUUUAACAGAAUAACAACGAUGUUCAGGGUAGUCCAGGACAUGUGUGUGCACUUCAGCUUAGAAAUGGGCUAACGUAACGAUUAUUCAAAGUUGUGUAGAAGUCCUAGUGUGACCAGAUUCUAUAGUAGAGUCAUUAUGAAGCGAGCCUUUCUUCUUCAAGUUUGGACAGAACCACCUUCCACAGAACCCAAGAUUGCAAACCUACUCAGAGUUAGUAUCAGGUGCAUAAGUUUUGAAACUUAUUCUAGAAUUCCUAAUACAGGAUGCUGCCACGAAGACUUGCUGGGUCAAGUCUCUUAGCCUAGUCACCUUGACUCCACAUACUAGCUAGGUACCGAGUAGACCAGAGUACUCUGUCAACCGCUCAUCUCCGUUGACCUGUUGACCAAAAUGUUGGGGAACAUUUUACCAGUGGCAAAUGUCCUGUUUCCUUCCAGGAGGAGCUUUCAUCCCUGGGCUCCAGUGACCAGGCAGGAGUGAUCUCUAUUCCAUAAGGAGCUGGAGUACCCAGAUAUAAAUAGCUUAUCUUAAAUAGAUACCUUUCCCCCAACCUUUCUAGCUGAACUGCUUUGAGUGGCUUAUCCUGAGUGAGCAGCUGACCACUGGCCCUGAACAGUCCCGACUGUUCUGCAUUGCACAACCCACAUGAGCUGUCUCUUCUGAGUUCAGCCAGACUCACCCUGACCUAGGAGCUCAUGUGUGCCUCUCUCCCUCUUGCUCCACAAGAGUCGCCUAUCCAAGGUUCUAAUUCCGCCUCAAUUAUUUCAAAGACUCUUGCCAUCUUCAGUUCUUUAGCCUCCUUUUCUAACGAACCCUCAGCUUUCCCUGUCCUUUCUACACCAACACAGAACUUUAGAUGGUCUUUCCUUUCAUGUCCGUCAGCCAUGGGCUCUCCUUCCCAUGAUCAUGGUUCUGCUCAUAAUUCCAUCUCCGUGAGCUUGAUUGCCUGGCGCUUAGCAAAUGUUCCUGUUCAGAAUUCUCUAUGUUCAUUGGAGUACACCCUUGAGCUAGGUGUAGUUACACUAUUAGAGUUCUUAGUAAAAUCUCUUUGUAUUUUGUAUCUGUCAUAUGCGUUCCUAAGGGGUGGGGUUAGGAGAGGGGGAAAUGUGGUUGAGUGAUUCAAUCAUAUUUGUGAUUUUUUUUUAUAAAAAUGUUUAAAACAUAACUUCACCGAGGCCUCAUUUAAGCUACUGAAUAAUGCAAAUUGUAAAUAUGUGGAACUAUAAAAAUAAAUACAUCGUA